ACUAUAGCACACAUGGAGGUGAAACUUGGUGCGCAUGUGAAUUACAUCGUUUCCAUGACAACUACAACAACAAAAAGCCUCAGGCACUUUGCUUUAAAAUUACUUCUUCACUCCUCAAACUUGCUAACUGUAGCAUGCAUGGAGGUGAAACUUGGUGCGCAUGUGUAUUACAUCGUUUCCAUGACAACUACAACAAUAAAUAGCCUCAGGCACCUUUCUUUAACAUUACUUCUUCAUUCCUCAAACUUGCUAACUGUAGCAUGCAUGGAGGUGAAACUUGGUGCGCAUGCGUAAUACAUUGUUUCCAUGACGUCCACAACAACAGGCAUUUUUCUUUAAAAUUACUUCUUCACUCCUCAAACUUGCUAACGGCAGCACACAUGGAGAUGAAACAUGAUAUGCAUGUCAUUUCCGUGACGACAACAGGCAUUUUUCUCUAUUAUUAAUUUUUAUAGGGGCUUGCCCCCUUCCACAGAGAUGAUACGUAGUAGUAUACAAAAAUGAGUGGAGACAAGUAAAUUAAAAAUCCUGCGAAUUUAAAAAAGAGGCAUAUGGGGAUGGUAUAAAAAGAAAGGGAGACAAGAUAGGGAUUGGAUACAUGAAGCAUGGUUAAUGAACAGAUUUG